AGCUGAGGAUACUACACAUGUCAUCAUCAACAGCUUCAGAAUCUCAGGGUCUAUUGUGGUCAGCGUAUCCUGCCACAGAAGAACGGUAAGAUGAGCCACACAAUGGACUGCACGUAUGGAACAACAUUGCGAACAUAGGUCAGGUUCCUGUGGAGGGAGGAAGAGAAGCAGAGGGGGCUGGUUCCCAGGUCUCAUAGACCCUCAUGGACACCAUGUCAGAAGCCAGAUUACACACGCGGCAGAGGAGCAGCUACCGUGGUCAGGAGAACAGCCUGUGGUCCUCAGGCUUUGGAACGAAGUUGGAGGCUGUCACCCCAUUUCUGGGGAAAUAUCGCCCCUUUGUGGGUCGCUGCUGCCAGACCUGUACCCCCAAGAGCUGGGUGCUGCAGCAGAUGCCCAGCCCUGCAGGCCCCAGGCUCCAGCUGUCCCCUGCAUUUGCCAGCCGGGACAGCCAGGAAAGGCUGGAACAGUUCAUCCGGCAGUUCAUCUGUAGCUGAACUGUGGGGCGAGCCCAUGCUGACUUCUCAGCCCGGAACACGGUGCACCCUCAGCCAGAGUCCCUGAGCAGGACUCUGAGUGGUUUUGAGAUUCGAUUGUCCCUUGUCAUCUUGCUGUGUCCAUCCUUUGGUAUAAUAAACA